AUAAAAAAAACCCUAAACCCUCUGUGGACGAAGAGAAUCGGAAGAGGAAGAAUAGGCAAUGGAGAUGCGGAGAUUGAAUCUGUUAGAAGAAGCAUUAGGGUUGGAGGAAGAAGCAUCAAACACAUGGGACUUGAGAGGAAAAGUAAUAGUAAUAGAAGACAGAGUGGAAACAAGUGGAUCAUUUCUACUUAACCAUCUCAUUAAGCGAAUUCUCUCUCCCAAUUCUUUUAAAGUUAUAAUCUUUCUUGCUUUCUCUAACCCUUUCUCUCACUACGAUCGCAUUCUUCGAAAACUUGGUUGCAAUUUAGCUGCACACAAGGACUGUGGCAGAUUCUUUUUCUUUGAUAUGCUUAUGCUACAGUGUUCUGAUAGAAAUGAAGGAAAUUCUAAUAAAGCUGGAUUUAUCACAUUGUUUGGAGAAAUACAAAAGGUUAUAUGUGCCCUACCUGAAAACUACAAGAACCAUGUCACCAUCAUGAUAGACGAUGUGUCUCUGAUGGAGGUAGCUGCUUAUGGCUCUUCAGAUCGUGUCUUAGACUUCCUGCAUUAUUGCCACACUCUAACAUCAGAUUUUGGUUGUUCAUUAGUAACUCUUAAUCACGAGGAUAUAUAUUCUACCAUGGAGAGACGUGCAUUUAUAUUACAGAUGGAGUACCUUGCAGAUAUUUUGAUAAAGGCAGAACCUUUAGCUACUGGUUUGGCAACUGAUGUGCAUGGACAGUUGACGGUUUUGAGCACCGGAAUUUGCUGUAGGAAAGGUAACUUAAAGAACAAAAUAAGCAAUUUCCAGUUCAUGGUCAAGGAAAAUAGUGUUGAAUACUUCUAUCCUGGGAGUCGAACUUGUGGAGCCAGAUAAUUGUUUUUGGAUGAACAACAACAAAAGCAUAGGAGAAUAGGAUCCUUAUUGACAGAUGCAAACAGAGUUCUAGCUAAUUUUGCAUUGGGAAAUAUUUCUGGCAAUGACACGUGAUAUCUUGCCGAAUAAGAGAGAAUCUCCUGUAUGCAAAAGCCAACACUUGAGUUGCUUAAUUGUAGGCAUGUCGUUCACUCUAUUGUUUUAUGAGCUUCAGAUUGCAACUGACAUGUCUGAUAUAUGACUGCAAUUUUGUAAGGCUUGUAUGCUUGUUACCCAAACUAUCAAGCUUUGCAGUAUUAGUAACUGCUCCUAAUGUUUUAUGUAUGAAAUGCAAAUUCCUCUGAA